UCUCGAAUUCGAUUCAUACGUUGGUCAAUCUUAGAGCGGUUCAUAGCUAUUGCUGUACUAAGUGACUGUGUGAUCUUUGCAUAAAACAAAAAAGAAACUUAAAUCGUUUUACAUUUUUUUGUAUUUGUUUAAAGAGAAAAAGAAAAGAAAUUCGUCAAAAUGCGUGAAUGUAUCUCAGUUCAUGUUGGACAGGCGGGUGUACAAAUUGGUAAUGCCUGUUGGGAGUUGUACUGCCUUGAGCAUGGAAUUCAGCCAGAUGGUCAAAUGCCAUCAGACAAAACAAUUGGAGGAGGUGAUGAUUCAUUCAAUACCUUCUUUAGUGAAACUGGUGCCGGCAAGCAUGUUCCACGUGCCGUUUUCGUCGACUUGGAACCAACUGUCGUCGAUGAAGUUCGUACCGGUACUUAUCGUCAAUUAUUCCAUCCAGAGCAAUUGAUUACCGGCAAAGAAGACGCUGCCAAUAAUUAUGCUCGUGGUCAUUACACGAUUGGCAAAGAGAUUGUCGAUCUAGUUUUGGAUCGUAUUCGUAAAUUGGCUGAUCAAUGUACCGGUUUGCAAGGAUUUUUAAUCUUCCACUCGUUUGGUGGUGGCACUGGAUCUGGUUUCACUUCAUUGUUGAUGGAACGUUUGUCGGUUGACUAUGGUAAGAAAUCCAAAUUAGAAUUUGCCGUCUAUCCAGCACCACAAGUCUCAACCGCUGUUGUCGAACCAUACAAUUCCAUUUUGACAACUCACACCACAUUAGAGCAUUCGGACUGUGCAUUUAUGGUUGAUAAUGAGGCCAUUUAUGACAUUUGCAGACGUAAUCUUGACAUUGAACGUCCAACAUAUACCAACUUGAAUCGUUUGAUCGGUCAAAUUGUGUCAUCGAUAACCGCUUCAUUGCGUUUCGAUGGUGCUCUCAAUGUUGAUUUGACUGAAUUCCAAACAAAUUUGGUGCCUUAUCCCCGUAUUCAUUUCCCAUUGGUCACCUAUGCCCCAGUCAUUUCAGCUGAAAAAGCAUACCACGAACAAUUGUCAGUGGCUGAAAUCACUAACGCUUGCUUUGAGCCAGCCAAUCAAAUGGUCAAGUGUGAUCCACGUCACGGCAAGUAUAUGGCUUGCUGCAUGUUGUACCGUGGUGACGUUGUUCCAAAAGACGUUAAUGCCGCCAUUGCUACCAUCAAGACCAAGCGCACCAUCCAAUUCGUCGACUGGUGUCCAACUGGCUUCAAAGUCGGUAUCAACUACCAACCACCAACCGUUGUUCCAGGCGGUGAUUUGGCUAAGGUUCAACGUGCCGUAUGCAUGUUGUCCAACACUACUGCCAUCGCUGAAGCCUGGGCCCGUUUGGAUCAUAAAUUCGAUUUGAUGUAUGCCAAACGUGCAUUCGUUCACUGGUACGUCGGUGAGGGUAUGGAAGAAGGUGAAUUCUCCGAGGCACGUGAAGAUUUGGCUGCCCUCGAAAAGGACUACGAAGAAGUUGGUAUGGACAGCGGUGAAGGUGAAAAUGAAGGCGGUGAAGAAUACUAAACUGCCACAAUGACAAUUGCCUGAUAUUUUGCAUAUUCAAAUGUAUUCAAAUAAAAAUACAAUAAAUGCACGCUGCUUUUAAUUUAUCUGUACACACAAGAAAUCUUUGGUGUGAAAAAAAAAAUUCAAUUUUUGUCAAUGAAACAAAGAAAAUAAAAAGCGAAAUUAAGACCUUAAUAUUAUUCACAAA